GUGACGGCCCGGAGUCUAAGAGACGGGGCCGGAAGGUGGCGGGAGGGGGCCGAACCGGAGCCGGCGGGAGGGCCAGGCCCAGAAGCCCCCAACCUGGCUUACCCGCCCCGGCCGCGCCUGAGGAGGAAGAGGAGGAUGAUCUCCAGAUACACUCGGAAGGCGGUGCCACAGAACUUAAAGCUGAAAGGAAUAACAAAACAUGCUCUUAAUCAUCAUCCCCUUCCAGAGCAGCUGGAUGCAAUCUCCUCUACCAAUGACACCCAUGAAAAAGACAUAAGUUCCCAAAGUGAGUCUGACAUCACACAAGAAUCACCUUUUACAUCAGCUGACACUGGGAAUUCAAGGUCUGCUUUUCCAAGUUAUACAGGCACAGGGAUCUCUACUGAAGGCAGCUCGGACUUCUCCUGGGGAUAUGGUGAACUUGAUCAAAAUGCCACUGAAAAAGUCCACGCAAUGUUCACAGCCAUUGAUGAGCUCUUGUAUGAGCAGAAGUUGAGUGUACAUAUUAAAAGUCUACAGGAAGAGUGCCAACAGUGGACAUGUAGCUUUCCUCACCUCAGGAUUCUGGGUAGGCAGAUAAUCACUCCAAGUGAAGGUUAUGGACUAUAUCCUAGAUCCCCUUCUGCUGUUUCAGCUUCACAUGAGGCAACACUGUCUCAAGAAAGAGAUUCUACUAUAUUUGGUAUUAGGGGAAAGAAGUUACAUUUUUCAUCUUCAUACGCUCCUAAAGCAUCUUCCAUUGCCAAAUCCCCUAGCUUGUGUUCUAUGGAAGGAGAAGAGGAAGACUGUAUAAUCUUCUCGGAAGGAAUAAUAGAGGAAUACCUAGCAUUCGACCACACAGAUAUGGAAGAGGGGUUUCAUGGAAAGAAAUCAGAAGCAGCUACAGACAAACAGAAAUUAGGGUACCCACCCAUUGCUCCACUUUACUGCAUGAAAGAGGAUGUCCUUGCUUAUGUGUUUGACGAUGUGUGGAGCAAGGUCCUAAGCUGUAUGGAGCAGCUGACACGUAGUCACUGGGAGGGAUUUGCUUCUGAUGAUGACAGUAAUGCUGCAAUCACCAAACCAGCUUCAGAAAGCCCCUGUGUGCUGAAUGAACCACAACCUUUGGUCUUACCUCGAGUGCCACAGUCUAAGGUGCUGUCCAUCACCUCAAAUCCGAUGAGUCUCUGUCAAGCAGCAAGUGGUCAUCAGCCAAAUGUGAAUGGUCUCUUGGUUCAUGGGAUGCCUCUACAGCCAAGAAAUCUCUCCCUAAUGGACAAGCUCCUAGAUCUUGAUGACAAGCUACUUAUGAGGCCUGGGUCCAGUACCAUCCUUUCAACUCGAAAUUGGCCAAAUCGAGCCCUGGAGCUUAGUACAUCAUUUCUGUCAUACACAGUGCAGUCCGCCAGGAGACGCAAUCCCCCACCACGUACCCUUCAUCCCAUCAGCACAAGCCAUUCACGCGCUGGAACACCAAGACCUAUGGAAGAAAUACUCAGAGGAUCCCGAGUAAAACCCAUGGCGAUUCCAAUCGAGCUCAAAGUGCAGCGGUGGAUGAGCCUAACCAUCAGCAGCCCCACGAGAGGCUCCUUUUACCAGACUUUUUCUCCAGGCCCAACACAACUCAGUCAUUUUUGCCGGACACACAGUAUCGUCGUUCAUGUGCUACUGAGUAUCCUCAUCAGGCCCAACCUGGUAGGGGAUCUGCACGAACAGGCCCUCAGUUACAUGGAUCUACAAAAUCUCAAAACAGAGGUGGACCAAUCACUAGAACCAGGCAGGGACCAUAGGGCAAGUGAGAAGAACCUGCCUCAGGCUGCAGGGAACAUGUGGGAAGAUUUCACAAAUCAGUGUUCAGUCAUCUCAUGAUGCACAGCUUGUAAACAGGAGACAACUUGAAACUAUCUUCAUGAAGAGUUAUUUUGGUACAACAGACUGAGAACAGUAUCAGCCAAAGAUUACAUGGGUACUGUUUCUAUCUCCAGUUACUGUCAUCUUUCAGCAUAAGUUAACCAUUU